AUUUGUAUUGUAAGAGAAAGGAAAAUGCAUGAACGUGAAUCUCCGCUUAGUUAUUCACACUGCCGUUAAAGUGUAAAGCAAGCAAGCAUUUCAUCUCAUCGAUUCCCUCCUAAAUCUCAACUCAAAUCCCUAAAAGUCUCAUUAAUCUAGCUGAUUUGAUCGAUCAUCUUCCAAAAUCCAAUCAUCGCUCCUCACGGAACAAAAAUAAAUGCGAAAAUCGAUCAACAGAACUCUGAUCUGCGUGUCGGUAUGCAUCCCGGUGCUCUUCGGCUCAAUGCUCCUCGCCGGAACCCUAGAUUACAAAUCGCAAUUGCUCUCCUUCCUCCCCCAGCUCAACAACGCCACCGCCUGCGCCGCGGCCCCCCUCCGCGUCUACAUGUACGAUCUGCCGCCGCGGUUCAACGUCGGGAUGAUGAACCCCUCCUUCCCCAACGGAACUCCGGUCACGGCAGAGAACAUUCCGGCGUGGGGGUGGAACGACGGGCUCCGGAAACAGCACAGCGUGGAGUAUUGGAUGAUGGCUUCGCUCGUGCACGAGGCGGGUAACGAGUCGGAGGCGGUUCGCGCCUCGGAUCCGGAAUCCGCCGACGUGUUUUUCGUUCCGUUUUUCUCGUCGCUCAGUUUCAAUAUUCAUGUUCGGAACAUGAAGGAGCCUGGUACUGUUGAUGAGCAGCUGCAGUUUGAGAUAGUAAACAUUUUAAGAGCGUCGGAUUAUUGGAAGAGGUCGGGAGGGCGAGAUCAUGUGAUUCCCCUGCAUCAUCCGAAUGCUUUGAGGCACCAUCGCGGCUCAAUUAACUCAUCAAUAUUCAUCGUUGCUGAUUUUGGGCGCAUAAUGGACAUCACUAGGCUCGCGAAAGAUGUUGUCGCCCCCUAUCCACACAUGGUGGAGUCAUUUGUAAAGGAUGAGCGUGAUGAUGCAUAUGAAUCUCGUCCAAUUCUUGUCUUCUUCCGUGGGAGGACUAAGAGGAAGGAUGAGGGAAAGGUGCGUGCUGUGCUGCACAAGAUGUUGAAGGGAGUGAAAGAUGUUGUAUACGAAGAGGCGUAUGCAUCGGAAGAAGGCUUCAAAGCUUCUGCAGAUCAAAUGCGUCUGUCCAAGUUCUGUCUCCACCCGGCGGGGGACACGCCGUCGUCAUGCCGCCUCUUCGAUGCAAUCGUGAGCCACUGCAUUCCGGUGAUAGUGAGCGACAGAAUAGAGCUGCCGUAUGAAGAUGAAGUGGACUACAAGGAGUUCUCCAUCUUCUUCUCCGUGGAGGAGGCGCAGAGGCCGGGGUACAUGGUGUCGGAGCUGAGAGGCGUUCCAAGGGAGAAAUGGGUGAAAAUGUGGGCGCGGCUGAAGGCCAUUUCUCAUCACUUUGAAUUCCAGAACCCUACCAAGAAAGAGGAUGCGGUGAACAUGAUCUGGAGGCAGGUGAAGCGGAAGCUGCCUUUCGUUAAGCUUGCUGUUCAUCGGAGUAGAAGGCUCAAGAUCCCAGAUUGGUGGAGAGCACUGUGACGCCACCGGCUUAGUUAUAAUCGGUCUGAGACUACAAAGAGCAACAUCACAACCAAAACGACGCCGUCCUUCUCUCUGUUAACUCAAUCCACUGUCGUAACCAACUCCAGAGAGAGAGAUAGAGAGAGA